AUGAGAGCGGCGGUUCGCACGAAGCGGCCGCGGCGGCCACCGCCGGCGGCGGCGACGGCACAGCUGGCUUCCAGUUCCAGGCCGAAGCUGGAGAAGGCGCAGGUCCCUCUAACCCUCCCGCUGAAAUCCUUCAAGCUCCGCCUGGCCAACGGCCCGCCGCUCGCCCCCACGCCCAAGGCAUUCAAGUCCUACGCCGAGACCUGCGCCACCCUCCUCCGCCUCUGCCGCGCGACCGCCACCAGCCAUGCCGCGCCCGCCUCCUCCUCGUCCUCCUCCGACCGCCUGCCGCUCGCCCUCUCGCUGCACGCGCACACCGUGCGCUCCGGCGUCGCCGCCGACCGCUCCGUGGCGUCGCACCUCCUCACCACAUACGCCGCCUUCGCUCGCGCCGCGGAGCGCGACCGUGCCUUCGGGGACUGCGUUGCCGCGGACGCCGCCUGCUCCUUCACGUACGACUUCAUGGUGUCCGAGCACGUCAAGGCCGGGGACAUCGCCUCCGCUCGCAGGCUGUUCGACGGAAUGCCCGAGAGGAGCGUCGUGUCGUACACCACCAUGGUGGAUGCGUUGAUGAAGCGCGGGCGUGUGGCAGAGGCCGUCGAGCUUUAUGAGCAGUGCCCGUCCGGCUCCGUGGCCUUCUUCACGGCAACGAUUUCUGGUUUUGUGCGCAAUGAGCUCCACCACAAUGCUCUUGCCGUCUUUCGUAAAAUGGUCAGCUGCAGGGUGAGGCCUAAUGGUAUCACCUUUGUGUGCAUGAUCAAGGCAUGCGUUGGUGCAGGUGAAUUUGGUCUAGCCAUGUCCAUCGUGGGAUUGGCGAUUAAAUCAAACUUCUUCGAGAGCAGCAUCGAGGUACAAAAUUCUUUGAUCACGCUGCAUCUGAGAAUGGGGGAUGCAGAUGCAGCCCGUAAGGUGUUUGAUGAGAUGGAUGUGAAGGAUGUGGUCUCGUGGACUGCACUGCUUGAUGUGUACUCUGAGUCGGGUGAUCUUGACGGAGCUCGACGGGUUCUUGAUGCAAUGCCUGAGAGGAAUGAGGUCUCCUGGGGUACUUUGAUUGCUAGGCAUGAGCAGAGAGGGAAUGCGGCAGAAGCGGUGAAGCUGUACAGUCAAAUGCUGGCUGAUGGUUGUAGGCCAAACAUUUCAUGCUUCUCUAGUGUGCUCAGUGCUUGUGCUAGUCUCGAGGACUUGCGAGGAGGAGCGAGGAUCCAUGCCCGUAGCCUAAAGAUGGGCUCUAGCACCAAUGUGUUUGUAUCCAGCUCUCUGAUUGACAUGUACUGCAAAUGCAACAAGUGUAGAGAUGCGCAAACGAUUUUUGACACCCUCCCACAAAAGAACAUAGUGUGCUGGAACUCUCUCGUUUCAGGUUAUAGCUACAACGGGAAAAUAGUAGAAGCUAUGUAUCUCUUCAAGAAGAUGCCUGCAAGGAAUUUAGCUUCAUGGAAUACAAUUAUCUCUGGUUACGCGCAAAAUCGACAAUUUGUUGACGCGCUAAAAUCUUUCAAUGCAAUGUUGGCUUCGGGUCAGGUUCCAGGGGAAAUUACAUUCUCGAGUGUUCUUCUUGCUUGUGCAAACUUGUGCUCGUUAGUGACGGGCAAGAUGGCUCAUGCUAAGACCAUCAAGCUAGGAAUCGAGGAAAGCAUUUUUAUUGGUACUGCACUUAGUGACAUGUAUGCCAAGUCGGGGGAUUUACAGAGCUCCAAGAGGAUGUUUUAUCAAAUGCCUGAAAGAAAUGAUGUCACUUGGACUGCCAUGAUUCAAGGACUUGCUGAAAAUGGUUUUGCGGAGGAAUCUAUUAUUUUAUUUGAGGAUAUGAUGGCAACUGGAAUGAAGCCAAACGAGCAUACAUUUUUAGCUCUUCUAUUUGCUUGUUCCCACGGUGGUUUGGUGGAGCAGGCCAUGCAUUAUUUUGAAAAAAUGCAGGCAUGGGGUAUUUCACCUAAAGAGAAGCACUAUACUUGUAUGGUUGAUGUCCUAGCUCGAGCUGGUCGUUUGGCAGAGGCAGAAGCUCUUCUGAUGAAAACCCCAAGUAAAUCAGAAGCAAAUUCAUGGGCUGCCCUUCUGAGCGCUUGCAAUACUUACAGGAAUGAGGAGAUUGCUGAGAGGGCUGCAAAGCGGCUUCAUGAGUUGGAGAAGGAUAAUACAGCAGGUUAUGUGCUACUCUCGAAUAUGUAUGCAUCAUGUGGAAGGUGGAAAGAUGCUGCCAGGAUAAGGGUACUGAUGAAAGGGACCACACUCAAGAAAGAUGGAGGGUGUAGCUGGGUUCAAGUAAGAGGUCAAUAUCACGCCUUCUUUUCUUGGGAAGCAAAGCAUCCACUGUCAAUGGAAAUCAACGAGAUCUUGGAUUUACUAAUGUGGGAAUCGUCUCUUGACUUUGUUUCGUCAGUAGAUUACCAGUGUGGACAGCCUUAG